AUGGACGGGCCUUCCCCUGAAAACUACGCCAAGGCCUACAUACCCAUGGACGACGGCUCCUUUGUGUCAAUCGACCGGCCAGAAACAAAAGAUGGCACGAUACAGGCGUCCGCCGGCGGAGUGCGAUCCUGCGUCAAGGAUCUGCUGUCCUUUUACGACGAAAUCCUGCAGGCGCGGCGGCGGGAGGAAGCUUCGGCCUCAGAAGGAUACCCUGGAGCGAUCAAAAAUGCCUCCCUACUCACAGCCGGGCACACAUUCUUAUCACGGUCGUCUCUGUACGAACGCUCCGCGGCUCUCGGUCUCCUAAGAGUGCAGCUCCCGAACACUUUCGGCGAUAUUGGCCCGAACAGCGGAUUGGUCACGCCGAUACCGACCAUCGGACGAGAUGAUCCCUCGCGGCUCGUUCUCUUCCACCAAGGCAGCUAUCCCGAGGGAGGAAAGGACCCACAGCAGGAUGUAAAGAGUGUUAAUGCAUACACUGGGGACUACUUCAACGCUCUCCAGAAUUUCUAUAUUCGAGAUUUUGACCAAGACGAUGCUCUCUACAUGUGCUUCCACGGCCAGGCGUGGGACGUCUAUCCUCUCCAACCAUAUGCAGCCGACCCUUUCACUUGGUAUACUUCUCGAGAGGACCAGGCGAAGCGGGGUCGCUGGCCCAUCCAGGCCGGUGACUACUUUAAAUUGACUUUCACGUCUGAUGCCGACGGUAAAAUCACACAGCUUCAGGUGAAUAUGGAUGGCUUAGCGGCCGCUGAACGAACGUUUCACAAGAAACCCCCGGGAUCUGGCAAAGACGAGGAGGCCGCCUCAAGACAAAAAUGCUCCUCUUGA